CUACCAGACCAGAACCCCCAUAACGACUUUAUCUGCUGUCUCCUCCUCCGAUGGCCACCGUCGUCAACAACAGCCCCUCUUCCUAUGGAAGAAGAUAGAGCUGUUCAUGCAACUACGAGCUCCUAAACUUCAGCUUCCGAACCCCUAACUAAAGCAGAGCGCUGCAUCCUCUUCAUAUGGCUUCCUUCGCCACAUUUCACCUCGCAGGUUCCCAUCCUCUCCGCUCUCCUUUCCCGACCCCCACCAUGACCGUCCUCCGUCCCCCAUCCCGCUCCCUUUCGCUCUCCUUCCCUUCCCUUAACGCUGUUGAAACCAAGGCCGACCCUUCUGUUGCCACAACUGAGUUCGAUUUCAAGGGUUUUUUGCUAAAGAAGGCAGAAUCCGUAAAUCGAGCCCUAGAUCUCGCGAUUCCCCUAAUCCACCCGAAGCGUAUCCACGAAGCGAUGCGAUACUCCCUCCUCGCCGGCGGAAAACGCAUCCGCCCCGUCCUCUGCAUCGCUGCUUGCGAGAUCGUCGGCGGCGACGAGGCUCAAUCGAUCCCCCCUGCCUGCGCCGUGGAGAUGAUUCACACCAUGUCUCUCAUCCACGACGAUCUCCCCUGUAUGGAUGACGACGACCUGCGGCGCGGUAAGCCCUCCUGCCACCGCGCUUUCGGCGACUCCGUCGCCGGUCGCGCUCUUCUCGCACUCGCUUUCGAACAUCUGGUUGAUCUCCGUAACUACCCUUCAUCCAUCGCGAUCGCCCCUGCAAUCUUGGUGCGUGCCACGGCGGAGCUCGCCCGCUGCAUCGGCACUGAAGGUCUGGUCGCCGGCCAGUUACUCGACAUGGAAUCCACCGGCCUGGAAGAUCCCGUCGACAUUGAUCGCCUCGAGUUCAUCCACCUGCAUAAAACCGCCGCGCUGCUCGAGGCUUCGGUGGUGAUCGGCGCGUUGGUCGGCGGGGGAUCGGAUUCAGAGGUCGAGCGGUUGCGGCGUUAUGCUCAGUGCAUCGGAUUACUUUUCCAGGUGGUGGAUGAUAUUCUCGAUGUGACCAAAUCCUCACAGGAGCUGGGGAAAACUGCGGCCAAGGAUUUGGCUAGCAACAAGACAACCUACCCUAAGCUUUUGGGGCUGGAGAAGUCCAGGGAGUUUGCCGACAAACUACUCCGCGAUGCUAAGUCACAGAUUGAGGGUUUUGAUUCUUCGAAAGCUGCGCCAUUACUCCACCUCGCGAAUUACAUCGCUUACAGGCAGAAUUAAAUGAUGAAAGUAAUGUGAAGGAGCAUCAAAUUUGUUCUUCCGUGCAAGUAUGGAGCUCUCUGAACCUCUUUAUUGUUGUUAAACUUUUUCCAGCAAAUGCUUUUUGGUUGUUGUUCUAAGCUCCUUUUUUUUUCGAAUUAAAUUAAUCAUGCUAGGCUGCUUCAAGUUUCUAGUUUUUGACU